UUUGGCAGCCAAGAACUCGAACUUUUCCAACAACAAAAAGUAGAUUAUAAACGUAAAGCAAAAUGUCUGUCGAAUCUCAACCCGUCGAACAAGUUUCUGAACUUCCCGCUGGUUCUACCACCGUUGUCCAUGCCGAAAAGGCCCAAAAGUUGAUCCAAAAGUUGGGUCUUAAGCGUGUUGAAGGCAUCACUCGUGUUGCUAUGCGCCGCCCUAAGAAUAUCCUGUUGAUCGUCAACGACCCUAUCGUCUACAAGAGCAGCAACAACGCUUUCGUUGUCCUCGGUAAGAUCACCGUCGAAGACAUGGCUGCUCAAGCUCGUGCCUUCAGCGAGAACCAAAAGAAGUCUGGUGCUGAGGGUGCUGAGGGUGCUGCUACCGAAGAGCCUGCUCCUGCCAAGGAAGAGCCCGCUAAGAUUGAGGAAGCCGAAGAACCCGUUGACGAAACCGGUGUUGACGCCAAGGAUGUCGAAUUGGUCGUGGCUCAAGCCAAUGUCAACCGUGCCAAGGCCGUUAAAGCUUUGAAAGAAAACAACAGCGAUGUCGUGAACGCUAUCAUGUCUCUUACUAUGUAAACUUGCAAUGUGAAAAUUGUGUAGAUUUUGUAUUCAUGGCUCCGUCACAUGAAAAAAAUAUUAUUAUGUUUAUUUU